GAACCUAACAAACAAUGGGAACAAAUCUAUGGCCUGGGGCAAAAACCAAAGUGGUUGAGUUCUUCAAUAAUAAUCAUGUUAAUCAAAUUGUUACAUUUUUCAUUAUUGUUUCUGGUAUCUACGUCACAAUGGUUUCAAUUACCGGCCAAAACUUCCUUCAUCCACUUUCGCCGGUCACAUCAAACUCAUUGAACUUGCAAAAUGCAGCCAAUGAGGUUCUGCACUCUAUCAUAUCUUGCUUCAUGAUGGUAGUGCUAGCGGUAGCUGCUGGGAAACUUGUCAAGUUCAUCUACACUCCAUCGUUAAUUGGAUGCAUGCUGGUCGGAAUAGCAAUGAGAAAUGUGCCGCAGUUCGGAGAAUUGUUUUAUAUCAACGAAUACUGGCAAUUUAUCCUUCGAAAACUUUCCUUGGUGGUUAUUAUCAUCCGAUGGGGAAUAUCAAUAAAUGUUCGAUUCAUCAAGAAAAACUAUAUUUUCCCACCAAUUCUUGGUCUCGGAUCCGCUUUCAGUGAAGCUUUGGCUAUUUGUUUUACUGCGUGCGUCUUUUUUGAUUUCCCGCUCUCACUUGGACUCAUCUGCGGAUUUGUCGUGGCAACCGUAUCGCCAGCGGUGGGAAUGCCAACUAUGAUUCGCCUAAAAGAACAGGGAAUCGGAACCACAAACAACAUUCCUGAUGUUGUUCCAGCUGCUUGCUGUUUUGACAAUGUUGUAUCAUUGCUGAUAUUUUCAGUGACAUCGUCUGUUACAUUUACACACGAUGCAUUCUUCUUGACAAUGGUAAAAAGCAUAGGGGCCAUUGUACUUGCAGCAAUAAUUGGUUGCGUCAUUGGAUGGCUUUUGCGCUGGUUUCCAAAAAAUGACAACCGGCACACGCACUUUGCUCGUUUCCUGGUUAUUGCAUCUCCUGCCUAUGCCGUUAUAACAAGUAUGCUCAUCCUAGGAUAUGCCUUUCCUGGAAUUGUGUCCGCAUUAUGCAUCUGCUGUGUCAGCACCACGCACUGGAGAGAAGACAAUCCUAAAGGAAUCAAAGUUCUUGUUCAUCAAUUUGACAAUCUUUGGUAUUUCGUCGCAGUACCUCUUCUUUUUUCACUUGUUGGGUACACGUUUGAUUUUCAAAAUAUGUCAGCUGAGAAUUGGAAAACAGCGUUUAUCAUCAUAGCAGUUGGAAGUUCUUUUCGGUUGAUUUCUGCAAUGAUCUUAUCGUAUUAUGGUCACUUUAAUAUCUACGAACAAAUUAUUUUGGCAUUGACCUUAAUGCCAAAAGCGACUGUUCAGUGUGCACUGGCCCCGUCACUCAUUUUUAUGACAAACGGUUUCCCGGAACUCCGCGAGCAAACCAAACUAAUCAUCAACAUUUGCAUUACCGCAGUGAUGGUGACAAGUCCUAUUGUGGAGAUAUUAUUAGAUGUUUUGGCCCCAAGAAUAUUGAAAAUUAAAGAAGGAACUUCGACUUACAACAGGAACAUUACCAACUCUACUAUUCUUGACGAAAUGGAUCCAAAUCUAGAGCUGAAGAAGACAUCGUCAUCGAAUAGCACCAACAACAGCAGAACCAAUCUUAAUAAUAGGAUCAUCUACGAGUUAAACCCAAAUUUUGUGCCGAUCAGUAUCGAGAACGGUUAUUCUCGAGCUUCAUAUCAACACUCUAAUAACACAAAAACUUACGCAAGCGGGAAUCGGAUCAAUAAGUGAUUGGAGUUAAUAUUUUUAAACGAAAACAUUUUCAACAGUUUGUUGAAAAGUGCAUUAUUGUUGCUAUAUUCCCGAUAUUAUUCCUUUUUGUUUUUAUAAAACAUUCAAACUC